CGUCAAAUGUCUCCUGAUUGAUCAAAAUAACUAAUUUAGAAUCCCGAAAAAGACCUUAGAACUAAUCGGUGUGAUCUGGUAACACGGUUUUAUUAUUAGAAGAAGCCUAUUUCAUGGACAUGAAUCUCUUGAUAUUCCACGGGCUGGUUCUGGUCUGCAUCAGCAUCGCGCUGCAAAAAUCAUUUGUAAUUGGUGUUGGAGAACUAUUGGACCCAAGCUUGAUCGACCAUAAGGGGAAGAGGUGUCACACCACCAGAGAAUCCUCUUUACUUGCAGCUAAUUGCCCCGAAGCCAAUCUUGAAGAUGUACCUCAAAAUCUAAACUCGGGCAUUCAGAUUCUCGAUUUAACCAGAAACAGACUCUCCGACAUAAGAAACAACAGCUUCAGCAGAUACACCAGUCUCCAAUAUCUAGACCUGGGCGACAAUUUUCUACAGACGAUCGAAGAAGGAGCCUUCGACCCUUUGCAACAACUCAUUGCUUUGGAUUUGACGAAAACCAGGUCGCAUACUCUGCCCAGGAGUUUGUUUUCUUUGCCGAAUCUGCAGAGACUCUUCCUCGAAAAUAACAAACUCACCGACUCCGUAUUCAAAACCAAAGUUACAGCCCCACUAACACUUUUGCGAGCCCCCAAGAACAUGCUCACGAAAAUACCUCAGUUUGGACCUUUCCCAAGUUUGGCCUACAUGAACUUAUCCGAAAACUCCAUCGAGAAAAUCAGCAUCGACGAUUUCGCUCCUUUCUGCAAUUUACUCACCCUGGAUCUUUCCAAAAAUCCAAUCAGUUUCGACUCUUCAAACUGCGAUUGCCAGAUCUUGAAAGCGUGGGCCAAAGAACACAAUAUGACGGUGAAACCCACUUUCAACUGCGAGAAUAGUCCUUACGUUAAUUGCUUUCCGGUCAAGUUCAGCAAUAAGACGAUGACUCUGUUCAGAGAUUGCGAGGAAAUGCUCAGAAUUAGGAUUGAAAUUGAAAAGGCAAGGUCGACUUGGAUUUUGGUUGUUAGCUGUCUUUCCGUAGCCUUGGUCUGCCUUGCCCUCGUUCUUUAUUGUUUCCACAGGAGGAAUAAGAUGCGGAACCGGAAGCUGAAGAAGGCGCAACAGUUGGCUGCGAGUAAUGCCAAUACGGAACUUUUGAAUGGAAAUGUUAAAGAAGAGACGUGAACACCAUAAAGAAGGUUCAUCAUUCCUGGUCAGAGAAUUUCGGAAACGGAUAGUGACGAAAUGCAUGAUAAAGUUGCCGGAACUCUCCCCUAUUAAAAAUGUCGACGUCGAAACUAACUCGGACAGUUUAGGACACUACGUGGUAU